AUGCGAAGCCAUGGCAUCAGCAUAUUUGACCCUGUGCUCACUCUGAACCCGCGGACUGGUGAACAGAGAAGACUAACGGUACACAAUCUUGCGGGAUUUCUUGAGCGCCAGGACAUUGCACACAAGCUAGCGUGCCAGAUUGUCCCCUCAGUAUGGGGUCCCUUCUCAGACGAGGAAAGCCCAAAGAUGGACUAUCAAGCAGAAAAACGGCUCGUUCAGCGACUAGAGCGAGGGCUAUACGUGCUUUUCCACAUGGCCGAUAUUGCUCGUGACACAUACAAAACAAAGCAAAAGAUAAACCCUCUGGUUCCGGACGUUACCGGGCGCCUAUUGGUGCUUACUAGGAUGCUGGAAGAGUACCACGACAUCCCGCGAAACAAACGUCGCCUAACGUCCUUUCAAGAGUAUGCCAGCCACGCUUAUACAGUCUUAAAGUGGGGCUAUAGAGAAGUAGACAUCGGCAGGAGGCGGCUCAAAUUCAGAGGUUACCUUGAUGAGCAGACAGAGAUCGACUUCCACGCCACACUUCGAAUGCUGCGGGAGCUUAUAGAGGGGAUGCUUCUCCGACAUGGUCCCAGAGAGUGGCAUCGGGAUGCGAGGAAUGAGUACAGCGUUAUCUCAUGGUUUCUGCUGAAGCAAUCGCCACAGUCCCUAGCAAAACUCCUCCUGAGCCCUCAGGAUGAGUGCUGUGGUCUUGAGGAGAAAGCUUCUGAUUCCGAUGUAAGAAAAUGUCAAUUCUCAGACCCACUCGAUAGCUACUGGCAAGCCUGGAAGAAUGUCCCAAAACUGGGCUGUCAGACUUGUGACUGCAAGCGACGAGUGAGGAGCUGGAGUGUGAAACCAGCAUUGAUUGAUGAUCGAGGCCGACAAUAUAACCGCGCUGCGGAGAAGUAUUUGAAAGACAUAGACGUCCUUGCGACGCUGCAAACAACAAGACCUCUCUUCUCAUCGUAUCUACGCAUCAGGUCUCUCGCCAAAUCCCCAUCCAAUCCCGAGCUUCAGCAAGCACGCUCGGAACUGGAGACGACGCUGACCGAACUCACUGCGGACUUGGAUGAUCUUGUCGAGAGUGUCCGUGCAAUCGAACAAGAUCCAUACCGGUAUGGCUUGGAGCUGGAAGAGGUUCAGCGCCGGCGAAAGCUGGUGAAAGAUGUCGGUGGAGAGAUUGAGCAAAUGAGAGAGGAAUUGCAAAAAGCCGUUACUAGUUCUGCGGCAACCGGCAGUGCUAGAUCGGGUGCGCCCACUGGCAAUUCGUCUUCGGGGCUACCCAAUCCAUCCGACUUUGACAAUGUCCUCUCCCCGUCGGCAGAUGAUAGAGGGGAUGAUUACUAUGCCGCUCUCGAACAGCAACGGCAGGUGGAACUGAUGCACGAGCAAGACGAACAGUUAGAUGGCGUCUUCCGCACCGUUGGCAACUUGCGACAACAGGCCGACGAUAUGGGGAGGGAGCUAGAGGAGCAAGCGGUCAUGAUAGGAGAGGUUGAUACAUUGGCCGACCGAGUAGGAGGCAAGUUACAGAGUGGAGUGUCAAAGAUUAAAUAUAUCGUGAGAAAGAACGAAGAUACAAUGUCCUCGUUUUGCAUCGCCGUUCUCAUUUUCGUGCUUGUCCUAUUAUUAAUCCUGGUCAUCGCCCUGUAA